AUCACCCCUGUUACAGGUGGCAGUGCAUACAGUGUCGCAGUGUGAAAUGGUGCAGACCUCGUGGCCAUUGCAUGAGCAUGAAAUUUAAUGCAGCGAGUACCGUAUCUGCAUCAUACUGAUACACUGUCUUGCUGAUCCUGUCUCAAGGCCCCCGGCAACAAGUCUUCAUUGCAUGUUACAGUUUUUAAUGUAGAGAAUCCAACAAAAUUUCAGAGAGACUUCAAAAUAAUGGCUGUUCCAAAGAAGAAAGCAAUGUCAAACAAUAACUCUGACAACACAAAACUGAAAGAAGAGCCUGGAAAUUUAAGGAAUUCAAAUCAAGAGAUCACAGAAGUAAAAGAAUUUCAAAUUAAAGAAACUGUAUCUAUGGCCAAUUUAGGGAAUACUACAACUGUGAAUAUGAAUGAAUAUACAAAAUUAUCAGUGGAGAAAUCAGGUGGUGAUUUUGAAGACAAAACAUCUGGUCAAAUCACAGGCAUAGAUCAACCAGGUAAUGGGGCUUAUAAGUCUGAGGAUAUAACAGCAAAGGCCUUCACAGGGCGUGCUGAAAGAUCAGUUCUAAACUUUUCAUUUGGGAAUACAAAGAAAGCCAAUGACCAGGCUUUGGGUACAGAGUUCGUAGGUCAUGAUGAUAGCCAGCAUUCAUCAGGAAACAAAGAGGAGGUCAACAAUGACCAGGGUUUACCAGAGUUCGUUGAUCAUGGUGAUAGCCAGCAUUCAUCAGGAAACAUAGAGGAGGUCAACAAUGACCAGGGUUUACCAGAGUUUCUAGAUCAGGAUGAUAGCCAGCAUUCAUCAGGAAACAAAGAGGAAGUCAACAAUGACCAGGGUUUACCAGAGUUUGUAGAUCAGGAUGAUAGCCAGCAGUCAUCAGGAAACAUAGAGGAAGUCAACAAUGACCAGGGUUUACCAGAGUUUGUAGAUCAGGAUGAUAGCCAGCAGUCAUCAGGAAACAUAGAGGACAACAAUGACCAGGGUUUACCAGAGUUUCUAGAUCAGGAUGAUAGCCAGCAGUCAUCAGGAAACAUAGAGGAGGACAACAAUGACCAGACUGAUGUACCGAAUGCUGACUGUAGGAGGAGGACGGAGGACUUAAGUUUAGUGUCUCUAAAAGAUAGAUGUAGCGACAGUUUAGUGAGUCUGAUGAUCCCAAAGAGACCAUACUUGGUGACAAAGGUGUUCUUCAAGCGUUUUUCACUACUCUGCCCAAACGGCCCAUACCUCUCGACUCAGCUGUUCUGCGAGCAUAUGUAUCUUUUUUGCACAAACGGUCCAUUCUUCUUUGCCCAGGUGGUUUGUAUGGAGGUUUCUCUCAUUUGUCCAAAUGGGACAUACUUCUUGGCCAAGGUGGUCUGUAUGGAGUAUUCUCUCUAUUGUCCAAAUGGGCCAUACUUCUUGGCUAAGGUCGUCUGUAUGCAGGUUGAUAUAGCUCCUAGAGUAACAUGGAUGAAGCCUGUCUUUCAUGUUCGAGUUGUGAAAGACUUGGAUGUAAUUAGAAGCGAUUGCUUUUCCAAGUUUGACCAACAAAAAUGCAUACAUGGAAUUAUGGGAGAUUUGUCUUUCAAUCCACGUAAUCAUAUAGGUGUACCAGUGUAUGCUGCUGUGGUUGUUGAUUACAUCCAUGAUGAUGGAACUCCACAUGGCACUGAUGAGUUGGUUAUCUCAGACCAUGAGGGGCAUCCCCUGAUCUACAAUCCUGGACAACAGAAUGUACCAGUAGUGGAAGUUCAGGAAGUUCAGGAAGGUCCCAUACAGCAGCCACAGCAAAAUGAUGUUCCUGUGUUGGCUGUGUUUCACCGUGAGCCAAUUGCUCAUCUCUAUCAACAGCCACCAAAUGGUCCCAGGGACAUGGCGAGAUUCCUUGCUGAUCUACUUGUACAGCCAGCAAAUCUGGUGGUUGCUGCCUUGGUCCUUUUAAUAGCAAUAUUUACAUUAACUUACAUUUGAUCCAGUUUUAUUAGGUCACCUGAGACAAAGUCUCAGUUGACCUAUUGCGAUCACCUGUGACCUUUUGUCCUGUGUCAUGUGUCGUCCGUCGGCUGGUCAGAAACAAUUUACAUGAAAUGCUAAGUUUGUUCAAAUGGAUGACCUUGACCUUCAUUUUGUAUAAAUAUAUAAUUGAUGUAAUGUUUGUCCUGUCUUCCAUGGGUAUCCAACCCUGGAACCCUAUACUGUAUACCCCUUGCUUAUUAGACAAAAUGAGCUAGAAUAGGGUAUCAGUAAUGUCUACGUUACAAGUCUUUGUACUUAUGUAAAUACUUCCCAGAUAACUCCUGACCAGGUACAUUGGCCCCAAUGUAGUGGAGCUCAUUAUUCAUGCCUAGUGCAGGAGAUCAAACAUGGGACCCUUGGUGUGCUUCACCUACACUCUGCCAAAUGUACGGGGAUGAAAAUAUCCAAGUUGGUGAAAGCAUCAAGUACUGUAUUCAAUAUGAUAUGUAUUCAAACAUUUCACUCAUCUGUUUGAUGAUUUUAGUUCCAAAUUAAACUCAAAUUUUUUUGGGGAAAUAUUUCUUUUAAGAAUUUGAAAACUAUUCUUGUUUAUUUACUUUGAAGUAAAGACUUUUCUAUCUACUUAAUAUCCCUUACCUCAAAUUUCCAUAUUUUUUUUCCACACAAAAAUACAGAAAAAAUACAGAUGGAAUCAUUUUUACUCUUAUUUUUGAUUUUUUUUCCGUAUUUUAAAAAU